UACAAACAAUGCAACACACUUCUGCUGCGCCACCCUACCUUUCAGAACUUUUGCCGAUUUGCUAGAAUGCGCAUGCGUCUUCUACUGUUAAAACAGGACGAAAUAAGUCUUCUCGAAGAAUCGUUGGAUAAAAUCCAUGCCGAUGAAACUCGCGACUUCCAUCUGGGUUCCAAUCGCCAUGACUCGAAUGCCGAAAGAAAAGAGGUGCUGAAGAAGUUAAAAGUAUCUAUCGAAGCGUACGACUCAAUGAUAGAUCAGAGCUGCCGAAUGUUGUCCUUCCCGCAAGUCACUAAUCGUGACAUCAGCAGCCUGAAAAACUGGCUUGAAUGUGUCGGCAGUAUUUCAAUGUACGAGACCACGUAUUUGGACAACUAUGCGGACCGAUUAAACAUUACUGCAACACUAGAAGACUGCCUCUCAUGGAUCGACCUUACAUUGCCCAAGGUAUAUCAUCCUCGUCGCCAUAAGUUUUCAGGCCAAUCGCCACAAGAACUUCUUAUACUCGGCCCCAAAGCACGCAUGUUGUGCAGGGUUUUACCAACCUGGCUCGCAACUACCCUACUCCUUAUUCCAGUGAUCAUUCUUUACGUCGUCUCUAACCCAAAAGUGCGGCUUGCGAUUAUUGCACUAGCAGCCGAAUUCUUCUUAUCUAAUGUGUCUGUAUUCGCGAAAGCGCGAACCAUCGAGGUUAUAUUGACGGGCGCCAGGUGA